AUUUUUAAGAAGCUUGAAUUUCGUUAUAUAAACAAAAGUGUUCAGAAAUUGAGUAAAAUUGUUCAAACAAGUUUUGAGAAUAAAGCAACUGCAAAGAAUACUGUAGGGGAAAAAUAUCGUAAAACAUGGCGAUGAACUUUGUCGAACAUAUGCGCAAACUUUCCUAUUAAUAUUAGGAAAACUUGAAGUAAUCGAGACACAGAAAGAAAGUGAUCUAUUGAAAAUUUUAUUAGCUGGAUACAUUUUAUGUCCCUGGUCUAAGCAUUGAUACAGUGACGAUGGAGCAGCAGUCAUUCGACGACGUAGAGCCAAGAAAGAUUACACGCUCUAAGGCAAGACAUCUACGGAGAAAGCGGUUGAUCCUCGCACGCAGAGCUGCUGAAAAUAAUUUAUCAAAUGCUUCCAAAGAAGCAAGUGUCGGAUUUACACAAGAGAGAACCGUCGAUAGAAGCCAAGACCGAAGUGAUACGGAAGUGCUGACAAAAUCAAAAGGACGAAGAUUAAGGAAUAAAAAGAAAUCUGAUUUACUUAAGCAUCCCAAUCAGGCAUCUGGUAGUAUUUCAGACUCGGACAAUUCAAAGUCCGUGGAUUGCUGUGACAGCUCAAUCAACAUUCUCAUUCACGAGAAUAAUAAAUACUCCCAGAAUUUCUACAGUGUAGAAGUGAAUGAUGUUAAAAGUUGUUCUAAUGAUUUAUCAUUGUUAAAUAAUAAGUUAGAAGAAAAUCCUAGUAAGGAUAUUAAAGUCACUUCUAGCAAGAAGAAUAUAAAGAAAGUCUCAUCGACUAAGGAAGAGUCUCACAAUCAUAGAGUAUCCGUUGACCUGAAUGGCGACAGACAUCACGCGGAUGAACAUUUAGUAGAAUCUGAAAAAAUUGAUACUACUAAAACUGUGAGCGAUAAUUCUGGCAAAUCCAAUAUUAAUGAUAAGCAAGUGGAAGAAAUUAGUAUUAACGUUCGAGAGCGUCCGAAUAGCGAUAAAAUUAUAGAAUUUGCUGUUAAACCGAACAAUCAAAAGUCCAUAGAUCAAAUCGAUCACAAAUUCAUAAAAGACAUUAAAAAUAAUUUAUUGCCAGCAUCUGUAGUUGUAGAAAAUAAAAUGAAUCCUGAACAGAAGACAAGAGAGCAAAUAAAGGCAGAACGCGAGGCAAAGAAGGCAGCAAAAGCUGCAGCCAAGUCAAAAGCCAAACUGGAAACAAAAUUGGAAAAGAAAGAAGUCAGGGAAGAAACUGCAAAGAAUGCAGCUAAAGUCGAGAAGAUAGUUGUACAAUCUGAGAAAGUAAAAAUUGAAAAUACUCCAGUAGUAAAGGAAGUCUUAAGGAUCGAAGCGAAAAAAGUCCCAAGUGUGCCAGUUAAAGAAAGUGCACCUGAAGUAAAACAGGAAGCGAGUACCGAGGGCAAAAGUAAAGCCGAAUUGCGUGCUGAAAGACGAAUGAAACAGGAGGCUCAAAGAGCUGCAAAGCAGGCGACACUGUCUCAAAAAAAUAAACCAAAAUUAGUAGAAUCACCAAAGUCAAUUGAGUCUGCAUCGAAGAUAAGUGAGUUGGGAAAGAAGAUUGUUAGGAAACCUAUAAUUAAAGAGAAUCCACACGAAGUUAAUCUUUUUAAGCAUCUUUAUCCCAGCAGAGAAUCCUCGUUGAUUAAUGUACCAACAUUAAACUGUAAUAUACAUCCAGCCAUAGUCAGGCUUGGGGUGCAAUACGCAAACAAAAUUAUUGUAGGCAGUAAUGCUAGAUGUGUUGCUCUCCUAGCUGCUGUUCAGCAACUUGUUAAGGACUUUGAAAGACCUUCGCAAGCUGACUUUACUAGAGGAUUGGAAGCAAGCUUACAGGAAUGUGUUGCAUAUCUACAUCACUGUAGACCACUUGCCGUUUCUAUGCACAAUGCCUUGAAGCAUAUCAAGGGACAGAUGACGCGACUGCCAUCUACUAUAUCUGAUAAUGAAGCCAAGACUGUCUUAGGAAAUGCUAUAGAUACGUAUAUACAAGAACAAAUUCAUUUGGCUGAUAAAGCAAUAUCGAUUACAAUUCAAACAAAAAUCUCAAAUGGAGAUGUUAUACUGACAUAUGGAUAUUCUUCGCUAAUUCACAAAAUAUUGUGUGAUGCACAUACAAUUGGUAGACAGUUCAGAGUAGUUAUCGUGGAUGGAAGACCAUGGCUAGAAGGAAAAGAACUAUUGAGAAGAUUGGCAAAACAUGGAAUAGAGUGUUCCUACAUAUUAAUAAAUGCUCUGAGCUUCAUAAUGCCUGAGGUUAGCAAAGUUUUUCUUGGAGCUCACGCUAUUUUAGCCAAUGGAGCAGUCAUGUCUAGAGCUGGCACAGCUCAGGUAGCCCUUAUGGCUAAAGCUUUUAAUAUACCAGUUUUGGUUGCUUGUGAAACACACAAAUCUUGUGAGCGAGUCCAAACAGAUUCAAUCGUUUAUAACGAAAUAGGUGAUGCUGAUGAGCUCACACACAAUCUUCUUCACAACUCAAAGAAGUCUUUUCUGGCUAACUGGAGGACUAAAAAGUCAUUGAAUCUUUUGAAUUUGACAUAUGAUGUCACCCCAGCUGAUUUAGUUACAGCUGUUGUGACUGAAUUAGCCAUUCUUCCCUGUACUAGUGUUCCUGUGAUUUUGCGAAUCAAACCAACUGACAUAUAAAUUUUAUCUCUAUUCUGAGUGUGUUUCUCAAAUUGGUACAACUACUCCAAACAUUUUUGUAUAUUUUUUUUCUCCAUAAUGUGUCUGAGAAAAUUACGACAUUUUUCGCAGCACUUGCAGUGAGUUACGAAACAUACCCUCUGACAUGGUCGUUAUGUUAUAUCAAGACAGUUUCUACCUGAAGGACUUAUAAUCAUAGAAUUCCACUAACAGAUUUGCUUCCGCAAUCAUUGAGCAACUGUUAUCGUACAUCGCAUUGUGUAAUUUUGAAUAAAUCUCUUUCUAAAGGAA